AAAGCACAAGCUACAGACCACAGCCCGCCCUGAGAAAGGCGAAACUACUGCUGCACAUUUUUCACAGAAAACCUGGGAAACUUCUUCAGAGGUGUGACCAAGGAAGAGGAACAGAAGAAGAGUUUCUCAAAAACUUGAACAAAGGAGACUGACGACCUGUCUCCUGCAUUUCUCUCUCUUCCUCUCUUUCUCCAAGUAUGGCGGCGUGGGACCUGUCAGUCAAUGUGGAGGACCUGGGGCCUGAUGUCCCGUCUGUCACCAUCAGCGUGGCCUCUGACCUCCACGUGGGAGGGGUGAUCCUCAAACUGGUGGAGAAGACACAGAUGAAGCGGGAUUGGUCGGACCAUGCGCUGUGGUGGGAUCAGAAGCAGAAGUGGCUGCUGCGGACGGCCUGGACUCUGGAGAAGUACGGCAUCCACGCCGACGCUCGGCUGAUCUUCAUGUCCCAGCACAAGCCCCUGAAGCUGGGCCUGCCCAACGGGAUCACUGUGCGGCUCCGCGCCUGCUUCUCCAACCCCGUCUUCCAGACCGUGAUGGGCAUCUGCAGGCUGCUCAGCAUCCGUCGCCCUGAGGAGCUUUCACUCCUUCGACCCAUAGAGGAGAAGAAGAAGAAGAAAGAUAAAGACGCGGCUGAGGAGAUUUACGACCUGACCGAGGUGCCCCUCUCCUCGGCAUCCCGGCCCAGUUUGUAUAACGGCAUGCCGGCUCAUUUUGCUGACUCAUCCGAGAUGGAGGCCAUCUACAAGAUGCUGUCAGUCACCCAGCCUCCCCCCACCCCUGAGGCCAUAGCCAAGCUGUACCGCCCAGCCAGCGUUGUGGACAAAGCCCACAUCAACGGCAGGUGGUUGGACUCAUCCCGUUGUCUCAUGCAGCAGGGCUUCCAGGAAAAUGACCGAAUCUGGCUUCGCUUCAAAUACUUUGCCUUCUAUGAUAUAGAACCCAAGUACGAUGUGGUUCGUCUGACGCAGUUGUAUGAGCAGGCUCGCUGGGCCAUCCUGCUGGAAGACAUCGACUGCACCGAGGAGGAGAUGAUGCUGUUUGGAGCUCUGCAGUACCACGUCAGUAAGGUGUCUCAGUCAGAGCCCCAGACUCUGACCAACAAUGCAGCCAUGGAUGACCUGGACUCAGCGCUGCAGUCCCUGGAGGUCAAGAUGGAGGGAGAGAGCUCUGCGUCAGAGUUACUGGAAAACAUGACUGCACCAGAACUCAACGACUAUCUGAAACUAUUCAGGCCGAAGAGGUUGACUCUGAAAGGAUACAAGCAGUACUGGUUCAAGUUCCAGGACACGUCCAUCUCUUAUUUCAAGAGCAAAGAGGAAAGCAUUGGAGAGCCCAUCCAACAGAUUAAUCUCAAAGGAUGUGAAGUGGCUCCAGACAUUAACGUGGGGGCACAGAAGUUCCUUAUCAGGCUCCUGAUACCAGCACCUGAGGGCAUGAACGAGGUCUAUCUGCGCUGUGAGAAUGAGCAGCAGUACGCUCAGUGGAUGGCGGCGUGUCGACUGGCCUCCAAAGGCAAAAGCCUAGCAGACAGCAGCUACCAGAGCGAAAUCCAGAGCAUCCGCUCCUUCCUGGCUAUGCAAAAGACCACCUCUGGUUCCCACGGCAAUGCACCUGCCGCAGAUGAAAGCAUCAACACCCACAGUCUGGUAUCGCCACGCUACCAUAAGAAAUACAAACCCAAACAGCUGACCCCCCGUAUCCUGGACGCGUACCAGAACGUAGCGCAGCUCUCCCUGACAGACGCAGUGAUGCGCUUCCUGCAGAUCUGGCAGGCCCUGCCUGACUUUGGCCUCUCAUACAUCGUAGUCAGGUUCAAGGGCAGUAGGAAAGAUGAAGUUCUGGGCAUCGCCCCCAAUCGUCUGAUCCGUAUUGACUUGGGGGUGGGUGAUGUGGUGAAGACCUGGCGCUACAACAACAUGAAGCAGUGGAACGUCAACUGGGACAUACGACAGAUGGCCAUUGAGUUUGAAGGGAACAUCAACAUUGCCUUUAGCUGUGUGACAGCUGACUGCAAAAUUGUUCAUGAGUUCAUCGGAGGAUACAUUUUCAUGUCGACACGCAGCCGUGAGAAGAGCGAAACACUCAAUGAGGAGCUCUUCCACAAGCUGACCGGUGGCCACGAUGCUCUCUAGAAAGAAAAUACACGCCCAACACAAAACAGCCCACAUCAGAUCUCAUCUUGUGUGCCUCCACUGUGGGAAACCAUGUGGAGUAGGAUUUUACAUUAAUGUCAGAGAAUGACUUGAAAGAGUCAAAACAGGAUAUAUAUAUGUAUAUGUAUGCACGUGCACGCACGCACGCACACAGACACACACACAGACAGACAGACAGACACAAACACACACACACACACACACACACACACACGCGCAAGCAGCAUCGGUACAUGGAGGACUAAACAUGUUCAGACAGUUAGAGACUCCAGCGGUCCUCCUGCUGUCUUCCCCUUUCCUUAAUGAUGGGCUACUGCAGGGCGUCUGGACGUUGGAUCAGCCAGCAGUCCCUUUGCCUUUUUCACCUCAUUAACAAGUAUAAUCAAUGUCGCUCAGGAUGCAAAGCUGCAGUCUUAUUGUCACUUAUAAAACAUUUAAGCACGUUACAGCAGCCAUGUCAUUAUUUUAGCCACAUUAUUAUAUUCUAUGGCCAAGUUCAGUGUGUAGAGUAGGAUAAUGUAUGUCACUAUGGAAAUGUUAAAACAAACUUGUUGAAACCUUGAUUAAAAAUAAAUAAAGCAAUUCACAUUUCAUUCUCAGUUGUGUUCACACUCCCUACUGUCAUUACAUCUGCUGCCAAUUUCUGUUUCUUCUUUUGAAGCUUCUAACCAAUUAUCUACCCUCACAUGCUGUGUCUUUAUGUGUUUGUGUGUAUGUCGAUAUCUCAUAAGACACGGUGCCACAAAUACAAUUCGAUAUGUCUUUAGGUGUAACAGUUUUUAAAGGCCUGGCUGGUUGUUGCAUUAUACAGUGACUGUUUGUGUCAAAAGUUAUAUAUUUUACUGCUCGGUGAAAUAACCCUGGGAGUAAAUAGAUGUCAUUGUUCAUUAAGCACUCAGAGCAUCACAAAGAAAACAAAGUCUCUGUUCCUUUUAAUGAAAAGUGACAUUUCUAUUCUCCGUCAGCCUUCUUUUAUAUUUUUGACUUCUUUUGUCC